AUGGUUCCUUCAAUCAAGCUCUCCUCUGGCCACGAAAUGCCCGUCGUCGGCUUUGGCAUCUGGAAGGUCCCCCGUGAAACCUGUGCUGAGCAAGUCUACCAGGCCAUCAAGCUGGGCUACCGCCACAUUGACGGCGCGUGGGACUACACCAACAGCAAGGAGGCCGGCGAGGGUGUGCGCCGCGCCAUCUCCGAGGGCAUCAUCAAGCGCGAGGACAUCUUCAUCACGUCCAAGCUGUGGAACAACUACCACAAGCGCGAGCACGCGCUCGAGCAGGCCCGCCUCGAGAACGAGGCCUGGGGCCUCGGCUACCUCGACCUCUUCCUCAUCCACUUCCCCAUCGCCCUCGAGUUCAUCCCCUUUGAGGAGAUCCGCUUCCCCUGCUUCUGGACCGACAAGGAGCAGACAAAGGUCACCCCCUUGGCCAAGGUGCCCCUCUCCGAGACCUGGGCCGCCCUCGAGGAGCUCGUCUCCCAGCCCGACGCCUUCAUCCGCAGCAUCGGCGUCUCCAACUUCCACACCCAGACCCUCUACGACCUGCUCAACUAUGCCAAGAUCCCGCCCGCGGUCCUCCAGAUCGAGCACCACCCUUACCUCACCCAGCCCAACCUCGUCCACAUGGCCCAGGAGAACGGCAUCGCCGUGACGGGCUACUCGACCUUUGGGCCCCAGAGCUUCAUCGAGCUCGGCAACGCCGCGGCCAAGGGCACCAAGCCCCUCUUCGAGGCCGACGUCGUGACCAAGAUUGCCGCCAAGCAUGGCAAGACGCCCAGCCAGGUCCUCCUGCGCUUCUGCACGCAGCGCGACAUCAUUGUCAUCCCAAAGUCCAACAACGUCGAGCGCCUCAAGCAGAACCUCGAGUCUGUCGAGUUCGACCUCUCCAAGGAGGAGCUCGACGAGAUUGCCAGCCUCAACCAGAACCUGCGCUUCAACGACCCUUCGACCCUCGGCCGCCCCAUCCGCAUCUUCACCUAA